UACUGUAAUAACUUCACACAACAUUCCGAAAACAUUGUGCACCACAACACACACAGACUCACACACAUCUACGUUUACUUCAAAAUUACCAGUUCACACUCAACAGAAUGGGGAAGGGUUGUUGCGGCCAGGAACGGGGGACGUCUGCCGCCGGGUCCCCCAGGAGAGCCGGGCACGACGAGGAGGUCUGCCAUGGUACCAACGAGCGUCGACGAGACCUCCUCGAACAGUUGAAGAUUUUCCUGGAUGAGUUUGAUGAGAGGCCGUGCAAAGUAGAGCCGCCCAGCAAGAUGUCCGCCACGAGGCCCCUGGGCGAGUACCCCGAGUACAUCAAGAACCACUGCCAGUCCUGGAUGCCGCCCAUGCCACGACCGCCCCUCAUCUCCAGUGUGCAGACCCACGAGCUUCGCCCCACCGAGGACUACGACCGCAUGAGUCAGAACGACUCGGAGUACAUCACCUAUGUCGACGUACGCUCCAAGCCAAAACCUACGUUGCACCCACGCUGUGACUGUGCUAAAAGGAACGGUCUGCAAGAUCACUGCGAAAGGCCUGAGUGCAAGCCGCCCACGCCACAAUGUUUGGCCUCCAACCCCGGUCCCUGCUGCCCGCCCUCCAUGGGACUCACGGGUCGCGAGGCUGCCAUGGGUCAGUCCCCCGGUUCCUCCGCUCAGUCCUCCGCUGUUCCUAAAAGGCCAGAACUCAAGAUGGCGUGUUUCUGCAAGGCCUCUCCCUCAGAGAUGCCAUCGGGCCAGAAAUACAUCUGCUGUCCCAUGUCUCAGUAGGAGGUCCUAGAAUUCUACAAAUAAAUGUUAUUGUUGGUAAUUUUACAAUUGUAUUACAGACUGCCAAUAUACUCUCGUACAUAGCCAAAAA